CAAUAUCGUUCUUUUUUACCACUUCGUGUUAUUUUCGUUUUCGCGCCACAAAACAAGAUGGCGGUUUGUUUGUGAAACAUACGUUUUGUGGAAAAAAGUAUGUUCAUUUCUUAAUGGCGGCCGUCGUAAGAAUCAAAAAUAAUAGAUUUGUAAGAAUUAAUUUACAAAAUAAGGACGCUAGAUAUUUUUCUUUUGGAGAAAUCGCUAAACCAGGCGUUCUUCAUGGAUACAUUAAAGGUGUUGUACAAACUACRUAUCCAUUGUUUGACCAUACUUAUUAUGGCAAGAUGCGUAAAAUAAUACUUGCAGAAACCAGAGACGAUGGUGAUGAUGAUGAUGAGUGCCUUGAGUUUUCAAUAUUCACUCGUGGAACUGUUGCUGAAAAAUGUGCGGAAAUUAAAGAAGGGGAUUUUCUUCUGCUGGAAAACCCGUUUUUCGAACUAUCACAUCCUCAAAAGCCCAAUUUACACAUUACUGGAGACAAAAGAUGUUCAGAUAUUUGUAUUUGGGAUAUCAACAAUAAAAGCAGAUUGCUAGUUGGACAUGAGGAAAACGGUCGUGAAAGGAAUAUUGAGACUAGUGUCAGUACGACAGAUCAGGAACAUGAUUGUACUGAUGAUAUGGAUGUAUCCAUCUCUGAUGGUGAUGUCCCAUUGUCCAUGGACCAAGCAAAUGCAGCAAAUUUGGCAAAAUCACCCAGAACUACAAGCAGCGAUGAUGUUGCAAAACGUCCAAGGCUUCCAAGAGGUAGUGCUAUAAAAAAGAAUGGUCCAAGUCAGUCUUCAAGGCUUCCAAAAAGUAGUGUUAUAAAGAAGACUGCAAAGACUGACUCUUCUAGCGGAACCACUGAUGUUGCAAAGUCUCCGAGGCUUACAAGGAGAAGUGCUUUAAAAAAGAAUGUUUCAAGUCAGUCUCCAAGGCUUACAAGAAGCACUUCCGCAAGAGGAAAUAAUACAAGUACUAAAAAGUCAUCUCAGGAAAACAAAUAUUCUUCUGCAUCUCAGUCAGAAAGACCUUUGACUAGAUCUGCUGCAAGGAAGACAACAGAUAGGGAUACAGUUUCCUCGCCACCACGAAAAAGGAAAAGAAAGUUUCAACUUGGCCCAAAAGGAUCGUCAAGCUCACCUAGCAACUCUCCUGAGCUGAGAAAUGUGGUAGCACUUGAAGAUCAACCAAGGAAAAGCCCUAGAAAAGAAAAUACACCCCAGUUACAAACAAGUAACACUAAAACUGCUAAAAAAUCAUUACCUCUAAAAACUACUGAUGAAAUUGGUGGAUCAAGUAAAGGUUCACCUAGUCCUUUAGAGCCUCCCAAGGGUAUUAUUUCAACGGAAUCAGGCCGGGAGAAUGAAGACAAAGAAGUAGGGGAACUGCAGAUGAAUAGCCAAGCUUCCACGCCUAGUGGAACCUUUAGCUCAAAAAAGCAGAAGUGUUUUGGUCAGAGUGAUUCUAAUCCAGGAACACCAAGAAAGAAUCUGCAACCCAAAUCUGAAAAAGCUGUGAAUGCCACUCCAACAAAAACUAACAAAAGCCAAGGAAUUGUUGCAGCAGUUUCCCCAGCCAAGGUAAACAAAGAUACAAGAAACUCCACUCAACCCAAAACUGCUGAAACUGCUUCAGUGACCUUUGUAGAUGAUGAUAAAGUACCUAAAAAAAGUAGCAGUCAUAGUGACGAGCAAGGAAAAGGUGCAAAACAUGUGAUGGAUAAAUCUGGAAAACCAAUGAAAGAUAGGGAUGCCGUAGUUGGUCAAUCAUCUGUUAGCGACCAGUCUACAGUUUCUAAUGUAGCAGCUCCUUCAACCACUUCAUCUAAUGCUCCAGCUAUUUCCACUGCAUCUUCUGUUGUUCCAUCUACUUCCACUACCUUGACAGGUGUACCAUCUAUUUCCACUAGCUCAUCAAGUGCACCAACUACUUCAACCUCUUCAAAUGUUCCACCUCAGUCAACCUCUUAUACUGUUCCUGCUCCCUACACCAAGAUAUGUGACGUCAAAUUGAACACCAUGUGUGACCUUUAUGGAGUGGCCAAGUUUUUUAAGCCACCUUGGAAGUCCAGAGGCACAGACAUGUGUUCAGUAGUUGUUCUAGCAGAUCCAUCUUCAGAUGAACCACUUGAAUGUGUCAUGUUUAAAGAUGUGAUUCUUCUGCCUCAAGUAAGAAGAGUUGGUGAUAUAGUAAGGCUGCAUAGAAUGAACAUUAAGAAGUAUAAAGAUAAACUACAGGCUGUGUCUACAAGAGGAUUUUCUGCUCUUGUUUUUGAUGGCAAUCUCAAUAGUCCAGUCACAAAAGAAGCAGCAAGGGUCACCACUGGAAGUUUUUCCUUUAAUGAAAGUGAGAAAAAAGUUGUCCAGGCCUUAAAAGAAUGGCAUUUCUCAAGACCUGACCUUUUUGAAGAGGCAAAGUUUCUGACAGUGUCUACAGUUGAACCAGAUGUAUAUUUUGAUAUAAUUUGCCAAGUGAAAGGGAUGGCAAAACACACUAACAUUGACUGUUUUGUGCUGAGAGUUACAGAUGGUACCCAACCCAAGUAUGAUAUCAAGAGUUGUGUAGAUGAUGACUCUUAUGAAGAAGUUCUAGCAGUUGAUAGCAAUAAUCAAUCUCCAGUAUUUGAUGUUUUCUUAUAUGGAGAACAUUCCUCUCUAGUAAUGACCCUUGAUGUCAAAGCUGGUACAGUUUUAAUGCUUCACAAUGUGCACUCUAUUGCUACCCAAGGCGGUCCUGGAGCUAGUCUUCUAGAUGUACUGGAACCAACUCUUGAACUUUGUAUACACAGAGGUUCUGAAUAUGGGCGAGGAAUGGCUGUUUUAUCUCCUGAUAGUGAUGAUGCUAUGCAACUUCUCCAGAAACUAAAGCAGCAAGGUCAAAACUCUCCAACAAAACAGRCAUAAACACAAUAAAGUAUCAAAUAAAAUGCCUAUUACUGUAAUUUUCAUAAACUUGCGAACUCUGUAUCUGCAAGCUGCAUGCUGGAAGUUUUUUUGCUGUUUCCAGUCAAAAAUAUAAAAGGUACCAACUGAUUAGGUUUGAUUGAUGGCAGUGAAAAAGAAAAUUUCUGUUAUGCAGCUCGCAGACAGAGUUCGCAUGUCUAUUAACAUUUGCAGUAAGUACUGUAAGUUUGAAUAAAUAUGCUAUCUAACACAUAGUGUUUUUUAAUGUA